AUGGCGGACGAAACAGCUGACUGGCUGCAAGACAAGUUCCUGGGCGGGAGUGGGUGGCCUGCCCCAUCUUGGAUUCUCCUCCGAUCCAAGCUUCUCAUGAAACGACUAGGUGUGAAGACAGCUAUUUUAUCCGUCACAGCUCCCGGUGCCUGUAUCUUGGACGGCCAAGCGUCCUUCGAUCUAGCACGGAAACUUAAUGACUACGGCGCUGAACUACGCAACAAAGAGCCACAGACCUUCGGUUUCUUUGCAUCGCUGCCAAGUCUUCUCGAUACACAAGCUGCACUUGCUGAGAUCAAAUAUGCAUUGGAUACACUGCAUGCUGAUGGCGUCACUGUCUUCACUCGCUACGGCACAGCUGCACUUGCUGAGAUCAAAUAUGCAUUGGAUACACUGCAUGCUGAUGGCGUCACUGUCUUCACUCGCUACGGCACAGGUAAUGUCUACUUGGGUCAUCCCUCGCUGGAACCGAUAUGGGCAGAGCUCUACUGCCGCAAGUGUGUUGUUUUUGUGCAUCCUACACACCCCGUUGAUACAACCCCCGUGAAUGAAUUGCUUCCACAACCUGCGAUCGACUAUCCUCAUGAAACAACACGAGCAGCUAUGGAUAUGAUUAUCCGGGGAACACGGCGGAAGUUUCCCGAUUCAACCCCAAUGCGUAAGGCGCCAGACUUUGCGGUUAUUCAUCGCAUGAGCACGACACACGCUCGGGUCAUGGAGGAUCUUCGCAGCUUUUAUUACGAGCUAGCUCUCUCGGCAUCGCCAUCGGUGCUAGAUCUGGCCUUGAAAAUGAUUCCGCAUGAUCAUAUUCUAUAUGGGAGCGACUUUCCAUAUGCUCUGAUCACGGCUUAUCCCGCAUUUCUGGAAGAUCUGGAGAAUUAUGAGAUGGGAACAGAGCUCAGAGACAAGGUCAAUUUUGGGAAUGCACAACAUCUCAUUCCAAGAUUACAAAAUAACUCGAAAUAUGAAGAUCAUGAGGCAAGAAGGUGA